AUGGCGAAGACCGAAGCUGAGAUCGCCGUGAAGAAGGAGAAGAAAGAGAAGAAGCGCAAGGCCGAGGAUGCUGAGGUUGAAAGCGCACCGAAAAAGGUAAAGAAGGAAAAGAAGUCCAAGAGAGAAUCUCUCCCGGCUCCAGUGGAGGAUGAUUCGGUUAUGGAUGUGGAUGGUCAGACAUUGGUGAAGGUGGAAGAUGCGAAUGAGGAUGGAGAUAAGAAGGCUGUAACUGCAAUCUCGGUAACUGCACUCGUGCCAUUCGCAAACCCGCUUGCGGACGAAAAGUCGCAGAAGAAGGUCCUCAAGAGCGUCAAAAAAGCCGCCAAACACAAAGCCCUCAAGCGCGGCGUCAAAGAAUGCGUCAAAUCCAUCCGCAAAUCUCCACCAGCCACUCCAGCAUCUCUCGGUUCAGGCGUCUUACCGAACGCCAUCGUGAUUCUGGCAGCAGAUAUUUCUCCCAUGGAUGUCAUCUCUCACAUCCCAGUCUUAUGCGAGGACCACAACAUUCCUUACAUCUAUGUCCCAUCACGAGCAGAGCUUGGAGCAGCUGGAAGUACGAAGAGACCGACUAGUGUGGUUAUGCUUAUGCCCAACGCUGGAGGAAAGAAGGACGGCAAGAAGGAUGAGGAUUCUGGGGAGUGGGGUGAGGCUUACAAGGAGUUGCAUAAGCUGGCGCUCAAGCUUGGCCAGCAUGUCAAG